GAGGGGCAAUGCACAAUGCGUCUAUUCUAUGGAUAACGAUAGUCCUUAGCCCCUCGCCGGUGUUUUUCCACACGUCCGCCGCCGUAACUCCCGUCCUCUAGGGUAUCGCCGCAUCCAACAAGAACAUGUACCUCGAUGAUCUGCCCAAUGAGCAAGUCGUUAGCACCUCAGUGAGCGGACUAGUUCCUUCCAUGAAUCCGAGCAGUAAACUCAAUUUUAGAAUAACCCAAUAGCAACAACUAAAUGAACAAAGAAUUGCAAGCUUGUCAAUGCAUGAAUGUAGAUCAGGACUAGACAUCAUACCUUCGUUGAAGUGGGGUUACUUUCGUUGGAUGAGCUACAGCUUGGAUAACUACCAUCGUAUGAUUGUUUGAAUUACUAUAUAUUCAUUGAUUCCCAAGUGUUUAAGAAGUAUUCUCUAUUUAAGAUUCAAUUAUUGCAAUACAAUCAAUACAUCGUUCAAUAAUUAUACCUACAUAUCUUCCCCAGAACAGCCUUAAUAAUCUCUCAGUAAAAGCAUCUACAUCAUCCCAAUUAUCAAAAAUGGAGAAUCUUCCCAAGGAACAAUGGGCGCAAGUAGUCGAAGAAACUGGCAAGCCCGUCGUCUACAAAAAAAUCCCCGUCCAAAAGCCUGGUGCUGACGAAGUCCUCGUAAACAUAAAAUUCUCUGGUGUAUGCCACACCGAUUUACACGCCGUAAAUGGUGAUUGGCCAUUAGAUACAAAGCUUCCACUUGUCGGAGGACAUGAGGGAGCUGGUGUUGUCGUUGCCGUUGGUAGUCUUGUUGAGGAUGUGAAGGUUGGUGACUACGCUGGAGUUAAGUGGUUAAAUGGAAGUUGCCUGGCCUGUGAUUUCUGUCAACAAUCCGACGAACCACUCUGCGCUAAAGCACUCCUCUCAGGAUACACAGUCGAUGGAACAUUUCAACAAUACUGUAUCGCAAAGGCCGCACACGUCGCGCGUAUUCCAAAGGAAUGCGAUCUCGAAGCUAUCGCCCCCGUCCUCUGCGCUGGUAUUACCGUCUACAAAGGCCUUAAAGAAUCUGGAGUUCGCCCAGGUCAAACUGUAGCGAUUGUUGGUGCUGGAGGCGGCUUAGGUUCGCUUGCUUGUCAAUAUGCUAAAGCUAUGGGAUUAGAUAUUAUUGCAAUUGACGGAGGUGCCGAGAAGAAGAAAAUGACACAAGAGUUGGGAGCGCAGCACUAUGUUGAUUUCAUGUCAAGCAGCAAUCUAGUAAACGAUGUCAAGGCUUGCACUCGCGAUGGAUUGGGACCUCAUGCUGUUAUUUUGGUUGCGGUCAACGAGAAGCCAUUCCAGCAAGCUGCGGAAUAUGUUCGACCUCGCGGUACGGUCGUUGCUAUUGGUCUCCCAGCCGGUGCUUAUCUUCGUGCGCCUGUUUUCGAGUCGGUUAUCAAGAUGAUUACCAUUAAGGGAUCGUACGUUGGUAACCGACAAGAUUCUGCUGAGGCUAUUGAGUUCUUUAGACGUGGUCUUAUUAAGGCUCCAUAUAAGACAUGCGGUUUGAGCGAGUUGCAGAAAGUUUAUGACUUGAUGCAUGAGGGCAAGAUUGCUGGAAGAUAUGUUGUUGAUACCAGCAAAUGAUUGGGUUCAUUGUCAUGUGGAAUGGAACGAAAUGGUUAACGGCGUGAAGCUAGGGAUUAAUAGGCUUUUAUGAGUAGAUCCGCGGGGUCUUUACUUCAAGAUUAAACUACCGGAAUGGUGUUUGAGCGUGCAUCGUAGCGAUGAGAACAAAGAAACAAAUUUUUGAACUUUACAAUAGAAGCUUGUGAGACUAUGGUCCUAUGGUGAUACAUGAGUGUUGUGAUGAUGGGAUUAGAAGUGCUCUGAUCACUAGAUACAAAGAUACUCAUAAUCUAGCCAGCGUGAACCUAGCAGAGUAUAAUGAUUACCUCAUCAGCUGAUCAUUUCGAGGGCAUUCAUUUGAAUUGUUAGCUGAAAAUUUCGAGAUAUAUGGACCUCCAAAUGGCAUGCUCAGGGAGGCUUCGACCCUUCAAGUAAUCAGCUCUUAGAUAUAUCAGAACCUAAUCUGAUUAAUAGAACGAUCAUUAUUGUCUUUUCACACCGCUACAUGUGUCAAAUAGAUCCUUCCCACAUUCA